UCUGUGUGUUCUUUCCUCAGUGUUCAAUCACCUAGGAAGGAUCCUGAGGAGCUUAAAUGCAAAAAGCAAAGAUUAGAGUCCACCUCAUCCUGGUGUAAAAAGAAAGCUAAAGAAGCUUCUGCUGGGGUGAAGUUGCCAGCCAAGGCAACGGGAAAUAUCCAGAAGCUCAGCAAUGCCACCCCAAUCACCACCUCUGCAGAAGAGAUAUUCUGGAACUCCUCCAGGCUGCUGUAUGAAGGGAGGUUUGGACCAGAUGGUCUCCCAGGGUUCUCUGCUGGAAUGAUUCUCAAAAGCAGGAGUGGUAAACACUACAUCAGACCUGGUCCAGACAGCAUCUUGACACCAAGGCCACCCAUCAAGGACUGCUCUGAGGCACCAUCCUCCACCUCAGAAGCUGGCAAAGUGGGGAGGUUUUUCUGCACUGCAGAAGAGGAUGUUUGGAGAGAAGAAAAGAUGAAGUACCAGCAGCUCCUGGAAACAGUGAAGGAAAAAUUCCCUGGAAGUCGCUUGAAUUCAGUGCCAUCCCAUUUCCACAAGUGCUACACAGCAGCAGCAAACUCUCAAGAACAGGGAAGACCAGUGAAACAGGCAGUUGCAGGAAAACAGCAUGGAGCUAGAAUCUCCAAAGAAGAAUUAUUACAGCAUCUGGUUCCUCUUCUGGCCAAAAAACCACCUGUCCUUGAUGGGAAAGAAAAGAAUGGCCUGAGCUCAGAAAAACCAGGAGAAAACUUCCCUCCCCUCACAGAGGCCAUGAAGAGAGAGGUCAGUGCUGCAUUAGGCCAAGGAGAUCCAGAAGAGGUCCUGAGCAGUGCCUUCAGGCUCAAAGUCACUCGUGAAGACCUCCAGACACUAAGCAACCUUUGCUGGCUGAAUGAUGAGGUCAUUAAUUUCUACAUGAAUCUCCUGAUGGAAAGAAACAAAAAAGAAGGAUAUCCAUCAGUCCAUGUGUUUAGCACCUUCUUUUAUCCCAAACUGCUUUCUGGGGGGCACAAAGCAGUAGGGAGGUGGACCAGAAAAGUGGAUCUUUUCAAGCAGGACCUCAUCAUUGUACCCAUUCACUUGAGAGCACACUGGGCACUAGGGGUCAUAGAUGUCAGAAAGAAGAACAUCAAAUACUUGGACUCACUGGGACAAAGUGGGGACAAGAUUUGUGACACUUUGUUCCAAUACCUGCAAGAAGAAAGCUGGGUGAGAAGACAUCUGGAGCUGACUCGUUCAGAGUGGACCCUUCACAGCAUGGAGCCACAUGAAAUCCCUCAGCAAGACAAUGGAAGUGACUGUGGAGUGUUCAUGUGCAAAUAUGCAGAUUAUAUCUCCAGAGACAAGCAAAUCAACUUUACACAGAGCCACAUGCCGUACUUCCGCAUGAGGAUGGCAUGGGAAAUAAUCCAUCAGCAGCUGCUGUGA